AGUUGUCACGUGAUAUAAUAAUGGCUACUUCUUCAGAAAAUGAUUUCCUAAGUGAUUUAUUGAAGUGCUCAAUAUGUCUGGAAAUUUACAAAAAGCCAAAAUGUUUACCAUGUUUGCAUUCAUUUUGUGAAGCCUGUUUACAUACCUAUGUAAAUAGUGACACCGAAGAUAAAACUUCAAACAGUGAAGACUUGAAAACGAAAGCGGAUACAAAUUCAAAGCAUUCUGAAAUUCAUUGUCCCACUUGCAGAAAUGUCGUGAAGAUUGAGGAUGACAACUCAUCCAAAACUACAUGGCUGAAAGGUUUACCGGACAAUUUCUUCAUAGUAAACCUGAUAGACAGGCGUUCAAUUCGAACUGAAAGUAAAACUUGUGAUCCGUGUGCAUCAGACGGAAAACGAGAGCCCGCGUCAACUUGGUGUGUAAACUGCACUGAAGCUCUGUGCAAGCAAUGCAAAAGCGAUCACCAAAAAUUCAAAUCACUCCGCGACCAUUCUCUUCUUGACCUGCACUUGGUCAAGACCAGGGAAAACGCCCCAUUCAAAGGUUUUAUUCCAUGUCCAGAACACCUAUCUUCACAAGCUCAGGUGUUUUGUGUUGAUCAUCAUUCAGCAUGCUGCACCUUAUGUGCUACUAUCCGUCACAGAAAGUGUUCUGAUAUAUUAACAUUAGAAGAAGCUGCGAAAAACGAAAAGGUUACACAAGAGUUAAAUGCAAAAUUAGAUGAACUGGCCAAAGAAAUACAAAUAAAGAUUUCCAGCAGAAAAGAGCGUCAACAAAAUUUGCAGACAUCGAGAGAAGCUAUAGAACAGGAGGUAGACACUCAGACAGAUGAAAUGAUCAGUCAUCUGGAAACCCUGAAAACAUCAUUUAAACAGGGGCUCCAAAAAUAUGAACAAAAUGUGACUAAAACUCUUGAGAGCGAAAUUUCAAAGCUUUCCACUCUCUUAUCAAUAGUCCUGUAUAAAAACAAUUAUUAA